AGCUGGGAUGCGGAGCUGGAGGCCUUUGCUCAAGCCUAUGCAGAGAAGUGCAUCUGGGACCACAACAAGGAGAGGGGACGACGGGGGGAAAACCUCUUCGCUAUGGCCCCAACCCUGGACCUGGAAUUCGCUGUGGAAGACUGGAACGGGGAGGAGAAAUACUACAACCUGACAACUUCCACGUGUGUCCCCGGGCAGAUGUGUGGCCACUACACCCAGGUGGUUUGGGCAAGCACGCAUCAGAUCGGCUGUGGGGCAAAGUUUUGCGAGAAGAUCGAUGGAAUCGAAACAGAGGACAUGUACCUCCUUGUUUGCAACUAUUAUCCCCCAGGUAAUAUGAAAGGCCGAAAGCCGUACAAGGAAGGACCCCCAUGCUCGCAAUGUCCCGAGGGCAGAGUCUGUGUCAACUCCUUGUGUG